ACAACAAGGGCUUUGCCGUCCCCUAGUCCUGAAGGAGUUAAAUCCUCGCGAGGCACGGUUAGUGCACAGUGAGCUUUCAUAAUGAUGAUUAGCCCAUGUUCUCGGUCGCUGUACGCAAUUUAUUGUUCUAUACAAUUCUGCAAGGUUCCUCAUCUGUUAGCUCAGCAAUGAGGAAGUACGGGUGGAAGAGAUCAGCAAGUGACACAGACAGAACGGACUGCUAGCAGCGACACAGGGAGGGAGAGACCUGCUCGUCCUGAUCACAAGAGUCAAAAGAGUUACUGGGAUGAAGUGAACAACUACAGGGUUGGUCAACAUGUCUGAUGGACUUUUUAUCCCUGUGUCCGAGUGGCUCCAAAGCCUUAAACUUGAGCAGUACACAGACGUCUUUGAAAAUAAUGGUUUCCAUGUAGUGUCUGACCUAAGGAUAUUGAGUGAUGAAGCCCUAAUUACGAUUGGUGUUCACCUACCAGGGCAUCGCAGACGCAUCCUGGCAUUUCUCCAAAAGACUGUUUCACAAGACCUCUCUCCGGAGAGUACAAUGGAUAAGCCCGUAGCAAUGAAGCGUAACAUAUUUAGGAAACCUGCUCCCAGUGAUCAAGAGUUGUCUUCACCUUCUUUGGCAAUUAUUACACCCAGUGUACAGACUGUCCCUGCCUGCUCCCCACCGCCUAUUCCUCCAAGGACGGGAUGUGAGCCUCCUAUAAAAUUUUCUUUAAAUCGACUAUUGUCUCCAAUCGGUCUGUCUGAAUCUGUGACUUUAGAAGAAACUUCCAGUCUUGAAGCUACCUAUCCAAUAAUUAGCCAAAUCCAGGCCUCUCCACCAUCUGGAGCUAGCCCAGUAGAUGGGCAAAACCUUGAAAAUAAGACCUCAGAUUUGGUUAUCCCACCCUUGCCGGCUAAACGUCAUAAGAUAGAGAAUAAAAGUGCCAGCAACACUCAUCCUCCUCUACCUCCGAGAGCUCCUUUGGUACCUCCAAGAACCAUCCUACCAUUACCGCCAAAGGGUCCUCCUCCUGUGAUAGAAGAACCGAGACUAUCUGAAACUACGCAGAAUUCAAACCUUCUAUCUGUAAUCCCCAAACCCUUGCCAAGGCUGCCUCCCAGAGAACAACCAUCUAAACCGUUCCUCCUAUCACCAAAACUAUUUGCUACAAGUCCUCAGAAGAAAAAUGUUAUGGAGCUGGAUUUAGCCUCCAUGUACGAAGAGACUGGAGAGAUUGGUGGCGUGAUUCUCACUGGAUUCCGUAAAACAAAACUCAACAGCUUGAUAAGCGAGGAUGGUAUGAUUGAAGAUGGUUCCGAUGACUAUGAGGAUGUCUCGCCAAUGACCGGCAGUGACCUUGAUCUCAGUAUGUUUAGAUCAAGCGGCUCCUUCUUGUCGUCUCACAUAUUCCGAUCUCACAGCUUUAGCCAGAACAUGCAGGAAGCGGAAUCAUCAGCCCAGAACUCUGGCGUCAUCAAAGCUGGGUGGCUGGACAAGAACCCACCGCAGGGUUCCCUUAUUUUCCAGAGGCGAUGGGUGAAGCUGGACCCCGACUAUGUUCGAUAUUACGACGGUGACAAGGACAUGUACUCGAAGGGCUUCAUCAAGACGUCUGCGAUAUGCCAGGUCACUGCCACAAAAGAUCAGAAGUUUGAGGUUUUAACUUCAAACAGAACCUUUGUGUUUCGUGCAGAGAGUGAUGCUGAAAGGAAUGACUGGGUGAGAAUGUUUGAGCAGCUCCUGGGUGAAAACAAAAACCAGCAGCCGCUUUCCGUGGCUCCUGACCCCGUGGACAAGUCUGGCUACCUAGAGAUGAAGGGGUGGAAACCCAAACUCUUUGUGGUGGUGGCGUCCGAUAAAGUCCAUUUAUACAAGAAUCAUGAGGACUUCAGAUAUGGAAUUGGGAUUACGUCCAUUGAUAUGAACCUUGGAAAUGUGAAGGAUUUGGACAAAAAAAGCUUUGACCUCACAACACCAUAUAGGACCUUUAGUUUCUCAGCUGAGAGCGAGAUGGAGAAGGCUGAUUGGGUGGAGACCAUGCUACAGGCGGUGGCCGGGGCACUUUCUAACUUGGAAGUCGCUGGGAAAAUCUGGUCAGUGGAAGAAAACCAACGAUGUGCCGACUGCGAUGCGCCGAACCCAGACUGGGCAUCAAUAAACAUCUGUGUUGUUAUCUGCAAGAAAUGUGCAGGUGAGCACCGAAGCCUGGGACCCAGCAUCAGUAAAGUGCGGAGUCUGAAGAUGGAUGAUAAAGUGUGGACAGAGGAGAUGAUUGAGCUGUUCCUGGAGCUGGGGAACGCUGUCAGUAACAGGUUUUGGGCAGCCAACGUCCCCCCAAGUGAAGCCAUCAGCGCCUCGAGUGGAACUCUGGAAAGGAAAACGUUUAUCAUGGCGAAAUACCGCGAAGGAAAAUACCGCCGCUAUCACCAGCUCUUUGGAAAUCAAACCGAGUUGGACAAGGCGCUUUGUGCUGCUGUGACAACCAACGAUUUAUCAGAAACGCAGGCAUUGGUUUUCUGCGGUGCGGAUGUAAACUGUUCUUCUGGGGACCUCUUAUAUCCACAACCCAUCGAUCUGGCCGAGCAAGCUGGACAGAGACUGCAGAUGGAAUUUCUUCAGCAAAACAAGACAUCCGAAAUUCCACGUCUGGAGCUAGGAAAUGAUGGGGUCAAGCAUUACGUGAUGCGCCCAUCAGUAACGCACAAUGGCUUCCUCUACAAGACCUCAUCCAUGACCAAGCCGGUAACCGAGAGGAAGAACAGGGAAGACUUUAGUAAACGUUGGUGUAUCCUUAAUGACAACCAACUCAGCUACUACGAGAAUAACCACAGCUCCAGCCCAAAUGGCGAAAUUAAAAUGGAGGAAAUCGUGUGUGUGGCUAUUAUCCCUCCAGAUACACAUGGAUUUGAAAGGUGUUUUGAAAUUUACACAAAGUCCGAGAGGCUGUAUCUUUUUGCUGCAGAAACCGCCAAGGAUGCCAGAGACUGGGUGACAUCCAUCACCAAGUGUCUUCUUCCAGUGAAGGCCGAGGAGCUGCUGAGCUAUGACUUUGACCGCGUUGGCAGGUUGCAAUAUAUAGGUGGGCGCAGUCUGGAGUGCAUUAUGGUCGGCUGGUUCUCACUCUGUAAGACUAAUCUCUAUAUGUACCUGGAGGACAGUGAGACGGAGGUGGAAGUUAUCAACCUGAAAAAGCUUUCUGAACUCUCCAAUAAAGAUAAGGACAUCCUGGUUCUGGUUCAGGAUGGUAAAGGGCGGCGCAGAAUAACAUACAUCAAGAGUGAGCGGAAGCUGGAUUUUUCAGGUUGGGUAAAUGCCAUUCAAAAGGCGAGCAGCACGACAGGCAACACUUUAUCUGAACAGCUACUCACCAAUUUGGACAUCCCCUUCAUCGUGGAGAAAUGCAUCACUCACAUCGAACGAUUCGGAGUGGGCUCAGAAGGAAUUUACAGGAAAAGUGGUCAGAACUCCAAGACUACAAGUUUACUAGAAGCCCUGAAGAAGGAUGCACGUAGCGUAGUCCUCAAACAGGAAGACCACCACGUGGACAAUGUUUCAGAUGCCCUUAAAAGGUUCUUUCGAGAUAUUGGCGAGGGAAUCUUUGCCGAACAUUGCUUGGACUGGCUGAACGUAACGGGAAUUGAAGACGUGUCGGACAGAAUCCAGCAAUACCAGACUCUGCUGCAGAACCUUCCCCAGGUUAACAGAGCUACUUUAGAAGCACUAAUCGGUCACUUACACUGCAUACAGCACUUUUCAGAAGUGAAUCAAAUGAAUGUUCACAAUCUUGCCAUCGUGUUUGGCCCCACACUCUUCCAGACAACCGGACAAAACUACAAGCCUGGCCGUGUGGUGGAAGAUCUCAUCAAUCACUACUUGGCUAUAUUCCAUGUUGAUCCACAGGAAUUGGAGAAGAGACUGAAAAUUACCUCAGCCAUGAUGAACAUGCAACAAAUUUCAUAUCCUCCUUCCACGGGCACAACAAAGGAUUUUAUCUGCCAUGUUUAUCUGGGAGAGAAGAAUCCUGAAAUGCAGCAGAUUGUUCAUAUUCCGGUUACAAUGACUGCGCAGGAGCUUACUGAGACACUUCUGGAGAGACGAAAUAUCCGGGCAAAGGACAGAGAGUACUGGAGCUGCUUUGAGGUGGAUGAGAGUGAGGGGCUAGAGCGGCCCCUGCAUUUUUCAGAGAACGUCCUGCCAAUCUUUCACUCCGAAAAAACAAGUAAAAGCCAUGUGGUGGUGAAGAAGAACUUGCAUAUGGAGGCCAUGCUGCACUACAUCAACACCCGCAUUGGAGACUCCAAACACGGCAUCAUGAAAUAUCGGGAAGACCGAAAUUACCUGGGAUUUGGACAGUUUUCUGAUCGGUACUUCAUGCUGAAUAGCAGUUCUCUUCGCAUGUACAAAGACGUUAGGAAUUUGAAUCUCCAGGACAUGCCCCAGGACAGCAUAUUGGAGAGUCACAAGGCGGAGAAAGAAUGGCCCGUAAAAAACCUUCUCAUAUACCUAGGAGCCAAGAAGAAAAUCCGACCACCCAGGGGCUUUGUUUUUACCAUUAUCUACGAGAAUGAUCGAAACGAGAGGUCUCAGUGGUACGCCUGCUGUGAUACGGUGGCAGACAUGAGAGAGUGGUACGCGGCUUUCAUUCACGUACAGCAUGGCAGUCUUUGGCGUGAACAGACUUCAAUAGCAAGAACCCGGCCAUCACAACUGGACAGCAUGUUUGGCAGUAUGUCCCUCAUUCCUAUCCGAGGAAGUGAGAACGACAUACGAAGAAGUGUAGCAGCAUUCAACACAGACCCACUUAUAGAAAAUGUAUGAAAAGACAAACAUUCCCGCUUCCUUUUGCAGGACUUGCACCAUGCCAUUGGACAGGUCUCAGGAGAGAUUCGUUCCAUGGAGCAAAGGACAGAUUCUGACCCCAUGUGCCAUUGGAGACGCUGAGAAACACGGACCUCUCCAACUGUCCAUACUGCACUUCAUUCACCUUACGACGCCUUAACCACCACCCAUCCUGAUUGCCAAACUGCUGCAGAUUCCAUUUAUUUGGUGGAUGAAACGCCAGUCUUUCUUUGAUGUGUAUAGAAGACCUUCUGUGUGCAUAAGACACUUUGUAAAUAGACAAUUUUUAGCUCUCUGGUAUUACUUUAUAAGUUGAAUAUUUGGCAGCCCCGGUACUGUAUUGGUGUUUUUAGGAUUAUUUUUUUUUGUAAUGAUUUUGGCACUAAAUAAGGGGCGUAACAUUCUCUGCCGAGCAAGAAUGGCUUUCUACCGGAGGACUUCAUUUUCUUUCUUCCUUAGAAAAUUUCUGUUGAUUUACAUUCACUAACCAAAAAAAUUACGUGUUGUGUUUCCAUAAUUGGGCAAUCCAUCCAAUAUCCACCCCUGUGAAUUUGGGCAAUCAUCAUUAAAGCAUUUUGGAGAUCAACAGUAUUCUUCUGGAAAGCUGGAUAUGCCUGUAGCGUAGACCCACGGAGUGGGCAAAGCCAGAUUACGUCCAUCACCUAGAAUGGGGAAUGUGCAUCAUUCGAUAAGGUCUAGUAUUGGUGUAUUUACUGAGCUCCCGAGCUGGUAACGGGUGAAAACUUGGUUGAUUAUCCAAAAAAUGUAAAUCUAAUAAAUGGAACUCCUUAGGA